UCUCACAAGUUUGGUUUUCGUUGUGGGCGCGUUUGGCAAUUCUGCCUGAGCUGCUGCUGCAUCCCUAUCCUCUGAGCAAUGGCGUCAUGUCUUCCUCCAACAGCCUCAGCCACCUCUGCAGCUAAGGACUUCCCUCCGUCAUCUUCAUGCUUGUCCCUGUCUCACCGGCAACGCAAUCACACUCAACGCAAAGUCUCAUUCCGCCUUUCUUCCAUGUCCGGGCUCCGGUUCUCUUCCAAGGGCUUACAUUCCAGUUGGAACGGAUGUAUUGUAGGAAAAUCCCAAGCAAAUAAGGCUGCACUUGAUGGAUCCUCAAACGUAUCACCUUUGAUCAAAGCAGAAUUGGGAACAGAAGCAAAGGAUGACAAUUCCUCAAGCACACCUUCACCUCCAGCUUUGGCUUCAGAGGAAUCUAUAUCGGAAUUUAUUGGUCAAGUUGCAAAUCUAGUUAAGCUAGUUGACUCCAGGGAUAUUGUGGAGUUGCAGUUAAAACAAUAUGGCUGCGAACUCUUAAUCCGCAAAAAGGAGGCCCUGCCACAAUCAGCAUCUUCUGCUCCUGUUGUUAUGAUGCAUUCACCUACACCUGCUGCUGUAGCACCAACUUACCAUGCUCCUCCACCUCCAGCAACACCAUCACCUUCUGCAGCUACACCUUCUUCAACCCCGGUUCCAUCACCUGCUGCAAAAUCUGCCAAGUCAUCAUUUCCUCCUCUCAAAUGCCCGAUGGCUGGAACAUUUUACCGUAGUCCAGGACCUGGUGAACCACCUUUUGUUAAGAUUGGAGACAAAGUUCAAAAGGGACAGGUCAUCUGCAUCAUUGAGGCCAUGAAGCUCAUGAAUGAAAUAGAGGCAGAUCAAUCUGGAACAUUAGUUGAAAUCAUUGCUGAAGAUGGCAAGCCCAUAAGUGUUGAUGCUCCUCUGUUUGUGAUUGAACCUUAGAAUCGACUAAAGAGAAGCGGUUAGAGCAGCUGUUAAGGAUUUCGGUAGUUGAUAAUGUCGGGAGAGAGUCCGUUUAUUUAUUAGCAUUUUAGAAGUUGGAUUGAGAAAAAACAUUAUUAAAGACAGAAUAGUGAGAUAAUGUAGGAGGAAGUCUAAAACUUCUAAUUUGACUGUUCUUGUUAUGAUUGCCUAUUGUUGUUAGGAUUAUUAAGUUCUUUUUUUUAUGGAGUCAAUCCAUGUUUGUGUUAUUUUAUGGUAGAAACAAUCUGAAAAUAGUUAGAAUUAUUUUUAUUAUUA